CGCGGUGUUCUCGGCGAGGAUCCGUUACCGCAGAGGGCUGUGAUCAGAGCGCGCGCGGCCCGCCUCGUUAACCCAUUCUGUGCUGACAACAGACGUGUAAUCUCACAUGGAGUAUGGAUGGGCAUGGAGAAGAAGAAGGUUCCACUGCUCAACAGCUCAAGAAAAAUCUCCGAACUGGCAAUACAGUAAAAAGGCGGCCAAAGAAAGAUGAAAAUCCGGGGUCAGAUGAUAAUCUAAAAUCAGAGCUGUACAGCAAGCGAAAAACGAAGAAAAGAGAAACUACAAGCAAAUGCCAGGCACAGAAUACUGAAGACCUAGCUACAGAAAUGAAACCUGACAGACAGAGAGAGAAAAGAGUGAACAAACCCAAAAAUGACAAGAAGGUAGAAGAAGUGGCUGAGGCAGCACCUAAGCAUUUGCACCUUAGUUUGAGCUCUCACAAGUAUGUAGGUGCACAUGUAUCCAUUCAAGGAGGACUGUGGAAAGCAGCACUAGAGGCCAAACGUAUGGGGGCCAGAGCAUUUGGUCUGUUUCUGAGGUCUCAGAGAACCUGGAACAGUAAACCCCUAGAAGAUGAGGCUGCUGAGAAGUUCAGGAGAACAUGCGAUGAGUUGGGCUUUGAGUCCCGUUAUAUACUGCCACAUAGCCCAUAUCUUAUGAAUCUGGGCUCACCUAAGCCAGAUGUGUUUCAGAAGAGUCGUGCUUUGCUAGUUGAAGAAUUAAACCGGUGCCAGAAGCUUGGCCUUACAUUAUAUAAUAUUCACCCUGGAUCCCAUAUUGGUGAAAUGCCAGUCGACAAGUGCCUAGAACUCAUUGCUGAUGGCAUAAAUCAUGCCCACUCACAAGUUCCUGGAGUUACAGUCGUGUUAGAAAAUAUGAGCUGUCAAGGCAGCACGGUUGGAGGUCGCUUUGAGGAGCUGCGAGGAAUCAUUGACCACAUCAAGGAUAAGUCUCGUAUUGGCGUAUGCCUAGACACAUGUCACGCUUUUGCUGCUGGUCACAACUUGUCAGAAAAGACCGGCCUUCAACGUAUGUUAGAUGAGUUUAAUAAGAUUGUUGGGCUUUCAUACCUGAAAGCUGUCCACCUGAAUGAUUCCAAAGGUAAAGUUGGCUGUCGACUGGACCGUCAUGAAAAUAUAGGCAGAGGUCACAUUGGUGUAGAGGGAUUCAGAAAGGUGAUGAACGAGCCCCGGUUUAAUGAGAUUCCCAUGAUCCUUGAGACACCUGCCAGCUCUGAUUUUGAGGACUAUUUGGAUGAGAUUGAUCUUCUGUAUUCUCUGUGUGAAUAAGGAAGACGUCUGUAAGUGACACAAUUGAACUUGACUCGUACAGGACGCUGAAGAUCUCCUGCACUCUCUGGUCUUGGAACAUUUUCCCUUUAAUAUGCUGACUUGCAAAACUCCUGAGGAAAUGCAAGUAUUGCUGCAAGGGAAAUACCGAGAAUAUAUUGUAAGUUGUGAUUUUGCUGGAUUACGUACUCCAUGUUUUUUUGCCCUGGGACAAUGGGCCAGAGCAACCUGUAGGAACCUCUUAGCUUGCAUUUUAGAACCUGCACUAGUACAGCUACAACUAGAAAAUAAUUUGGUUGCCAGGCCAAAGACUUCCAACAUUCUCAUGACCCUUUUUUCAUUUUUUUUUUUAUCCCUCUAUACAAAAAAAUAAAUAAAAAAUGUCUAUUUUCUAACAUACCUGGUAUACGAGACACUGUGAGACACAAUUGGGUGAUCCAGCAAAAAUAUCAAUAGCUUGUUGUAAAAGUAGAGUUAGCACUUUGUUCCUUCUGCAUUAUAUUUCUUUUCCUUUUUUUCGAUUUGUAAAAUGGUGUAAUAUUUUCUUUAUA